ACGGAGCAGCACAAGAUAAUCCCUGGCAACAUGAAGAGCUCACUGAUAGUUCUUGCUCUCGUAGCAGUGGUCGCUGCCGAUAAAAUCCCCGACUUCGUCGUCCCAGGAAAGUGUCCUGCGGUGGACAAGAAGGCCCUCUUCGACUCGCAGAAGCCCAACUAUCCUAAGUUUGCUGGAGUGUGGUAUGAAAUCGCGCUCACAAAGAACCCAUACCAGCUGCUUCAGCAGUGCGUGCGCAACGAAUAUUCUUUCGAUGGCACCAAAUUCGCCGCCAAGUCCACCGGCAUCAACGCCGAAGGGAGCCUCAUGCGGCGCAACGGACAGAUCAUGCCGAUGCCUCUGGGAGAACCCAACCUCUCCAUCGACUACGAGGGAUCCUUCAUGGCGCCUUUCGUCAUCCUGGACACGGACUACGAGAACUUCGCUUGCAUUCACUCCUGCGUGGACGUGAGUCAAGGCUACUUCGCAGACUUCGCCUUCAUCUUCUCCCGCGCCCCAAGCAUGUCGGACAAGCAGCUGAAGCGCUGCGAAGCCGCCUUCAAGAACAUCGGUCUCGACACCUCCCGUUUCACCAAGACCGUCCAGGGAUCCUCAUGCCCCUACGAGACUCAGCAAGCUCUCUGAGUGAUUUCCUACGAGAUGAAAUGAUAAACGUCUAGUAAUUAGCCGAAGAAUUUGAUAGUAAAGAUCAAAUAAACGCUUUAUAUUGUAAUCGCAUUGAACCACUAGAUACAAUAAAACUAAAAUAAACGAAA